AUGGCUAGAGGGACGUUUCUAGGAAGGUCACGUACAAUUAGGCAGGCGGAGGCUGGCUCUUCCCCAACAUCAAAACACCCUGAUGUGCUGCCACGGAAGGGCCAAAAGUGUAUCGAGGAUGGCGCAAACAACAGCCGCCCAGCGCCUUAUCAAAAUCGGAGCUUUCAUCGCCCAGUGGUAUCUGAAGGGCACCCGCAGAAGAGGCUGCAAGCCAUGAGCCCUAUCAACACCGAGGCUCCUCCGCUUCCCUCUUCCCCCAUAUCGUCACCCGUCAGCACCAAUAAUGACAUGAAUGGAAGUCUUAUCGGCGUCGCGUUGGGAAGUCCUCGGAUGAUCGACCCGCAAGUUCCCACAUCACAGAUACAGGAGACGAUUCCUGUCAAACCGGCGGAACCCCAAGCGCGACCAUCGUUGCAGCGCAAGCCAAGCAAAUGGAAGAAGAUUGGCGGCCUUUUCAAGGCCAAGGCUGCCAUGACAGCCCCUCCAAAUCAACCCUUCUAUCAGGUCCGGCUCGAAAAUGAAUGGCCAAUGCAAGGCUCGACCUAUUCAUUCGAGCAGCAGCCAAAGAUCCAGUCUUCAGGCCUCGAGAAUCCUGCCAGUCCCACCACAGGCACGGACGCAUGGCCCUCUAUAGUACCGGAAGUCCAGACUUCUACGCAGGAACCGAAACAGUCUCACGCAGAUGCGACCAGUGGUUCGCCCCAGGAGAAGGAACAGUCUCUUGGAUCCGGUCCCCUACUCCAGGUUGACAUUCCUGACAUCCAGCUGGAGCGAUACAGCGUCAUGUUCGGGGGAGUUCUCAAGAAGAACAGGCCAUCUUCCAUGACCAGGCGCAGCAAGAAUUUGGAAGAUACGAAGCCUCCAACUGAAGAGGACAUUCCUCACUCUCCGGUUCCGACACGGUCGAAAUCCCCCAGUCCCAGUUUCAGCCUGUUCCCAUCGACCAAAACCAGCAAGGCCUCGAAGGUCCUGGGAAGUCAGAAUAUUCCUCGCGGCCCCAGUCCAAUCCACAAGAGCCAAACAUCCUUCGGGGAAACGAAUCAAGAAAAUCUGUCGGAAAAGAAUAGCGUGGUCCUCAUGGUCCAUAGCUCCCAACCGUCGCAUAAGCAACAGAACUCAGUGUCUUCAUUCCUUUCCUCCACGACCAUUGGUUCCGAGGACGAACGGCUCCUUUUGCAGAAAUUAGGCCCUGUCCGCUCAUACUUCGACGCAAGGGAACCAGAAUGGGAGAUCAUCAACAAGAAGCCUACAGCAAAGGAACCCGUACGCGAGUCACCUCCAUCAUUAAGGAUCGAUACGCAGGUAGAUUCGCCCAGAACGGCCAGCUAUGCGUCAUCAACUUUGUCUGCAUCAUCAGACACGCCUGUCAAUGCGCCCCGGCAGCCGUCCCCGGCAAGCAGACGAACCUCCCCAACUUCACCCAGACGCAGCCCUUCCGGGGACACCAAGAAGGAGAGCAACCCAUCCGAUCCGGCGAACCCCGUCCCCACCGUCGAAAUCUCAAUCGCACGAUCCGUCUCCGUCUCGAAAGGUAAAAGGCAGGUCCUUGUACCUAUCAGGCCACGGCCGGACCGUUUGGAUCCCAAUGAGCGCGUGGGCGAUAAGAAGGGAAAAGCGCCCAAGGUUAUGGCAGCUGAUCGCAACCACCUCCCUGGACGAUCGCAGGAAGUACUGGUCGACACCAUCUAA